AGCAACUCUUUAUCUCAUUGGCGGAAGGUUGGGAGGGGAGUGACUGAUUAAUACAAGCCACGAAUGAUCACAUUUUGAUCUUUUGUACAGUGUUUCCAGACUCCAUAGACUGUCAAAGUACUGACUCGGGCAGUGACUGGGAUAUAGUUACAACCAUGGCAGAUUCUCAAGUUACAUCCAGUAAAACAUAGAGAUGUCCAUCUUGGGUAAAGCAGAGUUUGGUGUGACAACGUUCUUUGCGGCCAGCCACCCGAAUGACAAGUGUGGUGCGAAUGGUUUGCCGUUGACACCAAACUCCAUCAAAGUUUUCGGACAGUUCCAGGUUCUGAAGACGCUUGAACACCCACGUAUCUGUAGAUACCAAGAUAUCGCCAAGAUAAAACAUGAAAGGCUAAUUGUUGUUGCAGAAUACUACAAGAAAAAUCUUGAAAAUAUUUAUCGACAAGGAACAUUUGCAAAUGAGCCAGCUUUAUUGGACUUGGCAUUCCAGAUUAUUCAGGGGUUGGAGUAUAUCCACAAAAAAGGCAUAACACAUAGAAAUCUUUCUCCUAGAAAUAUUCUCUUUGAUGCUGAGGGAGGAGUCAAAUUGGCCGAGUAUGGCUUGUAUUAUAUGACAAACGGCGGCACGUCUGUUUCCUUCCCCAUUGGAGAUCCCCGGUUUAUGCCCCCUGAAGUAUUUUGUCAAGGGCCAACAGAGGUCCAUGCAGAUGAUGGACUUCAGCCAGACACUACAAUAAACUCCGGACCUAAAGCAGACAGUUGGAUGCUGGGAAUCAUUUUAAUGCAGGCAUUUACAAAAAAACGAUUCUGGUCUGAUUUAUCGCUGAAGGGAUGUCUUGAAAAGCUAUUUUCCUUGCUGAAUUCAGAUAUGCAUCCACUAGAUUACCUAGCUAAAGAUCAGAAUAUUGAACAACAAAUUCAUGAGCUGUCCAAAGAUGCAUUAGACUUCCUGAGGAUGUGUCUGUUUGUCUCACCCUCAAGAAGACUGAGUGCCAUGGAGCUCAAGAAACAUCCAGUGUUCAAACAACAUCGCUCUUCUGAGUUACCACACAAGAAUGGCUUUACAUUAUUUUCUUCCCGUCUGCGAUGUCUGGAUCUGGAGUUACCUGUGUAUGAUGAGGAAGCUAUGGCCGCAGAUUGGGAUGAUGACCACCUGUCCCAGAGGUCAAUGGACGAGGUCUACUAUUUAUGGCAUCUUGCUGGUGGCCAUCUUGAAACAUACCUCAAAAAGGCAGAGUUGAUCAAAACUCAACCUCCUAUCAAUCUUUUGCCAUGUUUGGCUAUUCCUGAAGGUGACAUGUUUGGACAGGUGCGUGACACGGCCGAACUCAUGGAUAUGACUUGUAUAGUCUUGUCUCAAGAACAACUCAGAGAUAGGUUAAAAAGCAUAGAAGACACAGCUUACUACCCACUGUUAGAAGAUGAAUCAAAUGUCAAUUACGGUGCCAGUCUUCCGACAUCACCAAGUAGCGGAGAUCUUACAGAGACAGCCAGCCUGCCUCUUGUCAUCAAGGAAAAAGACAUUGAAUACCAGUUUCAUCGUAUUAUCCUGUAUGAGCGGCUGCUGAAAGCAUACCCGUACAAAUGUACGUACAUCUGGAAGGAAGCUCGUCUGGAUAUACCGCCACUCGUUAGACCUUACGUCUGGGCUGCAUUGCUGGAAAUUGAGGGAGACAUUGAAGGGAGAUAUGACUCCAUCGAUAAGGAAACUCCAAACUCAACAGACAGACAGAUUGAGGUUGAUAUUCCACGAUGCCAUCAGUACCAUGAACUUCUGUCCUCGCCAACCGCCCAUAACAAGUUUCACCGCAUCUUGAAGGCAUGGGUUGUUAGCCACCCAGAGUAUGUGUACUGGCAAGGUCUCGAUUCACUCUGUGCACCAUUCCUGGCACUUAACUUUAACAACGAAGCUCUAGCAUUUUCCUGUUUAUCAGCUUUUAUUCCGAAAUAUCUGCACAAGUUUUUUCUGAAAGACAAUUCUGCUGUAAUUCAAGAAUACCUGGCUGUGUUUGCUCAUCUGAUCACAUUCCAUGACCCAGAGUUAAGCAACCAUCUUGAUGGCAUUGGCUUCAUUCCAGAUUUAUAUGCUAUUCCCUGGUUCCUGACAAUGUAUGCUCAUGUGUUUCCACUACACAAGAUAGUUCAUUUAUGGGACACCCUGUUGCUAGGCAACUCAUCCUUCCCACUGUGUAUUGGGGUUGCAAUUCUACAGCAACUUCGUGACAAUCUUUUGUCUUUUGGAUUCAAUGAGUGCAUCUUGCUGUUCUCUGACAUGCCUGAAAUUGACAUCGGUCGCUGUGUUCAAGAUUCCAUCAAAAUAUUCUGUGGAUCUCCGAAGAGUGCAACAUUUCGACAGCAUGCCAGACCACCAAGAAAACCAAAGUCUGAGAUGAGACCCAACCUGUCUUACUACAGCCGUGAUUAUCAUGAACAACCAUGCACAGAGCUGUCCAUGGAAGCAGUCCCAGUGGAGGAGCUGAAGGUGGAGAAGAGUCCGAGGAUAUCGGCCGAGGAUCUCAUAGAGCUGGGAGAGCUCCAGGGGACAGCACUCUCCCGCAGUCCUACCAAGAAGAAACACAACAGCAAGCCCAUGAUUCUCGUCAUUGACGUCCGCAGUCAGGAUGAAUACCAGCGAGGCACAAUACCUGGCAGUAUUAACAUUCCGUUUCAAACGGCCUUCUCACCAGAGGGAGAACUAGUCCGAAGUCCGGCUGUCGAUCUUCUUAAUGCGAGGAAAGGACAAGUCAAAGUGAUUAUUGGCAACAGGGGAAGAAAUGCUGCUAAUUUUGCCAACGAGCUGAUUCGACUGGGUUACCCCCGUGUUUGUGUGCUGCACAAAGGAAUUGAUGUGCUGCGUCCUACAGGAUUGCUAACAGUGCCACCUGCAGAUCUGUGAUUGGGAAAAUUCACUUAUGUUUUGUCAGUGAAAUAUACAGUGCUUUCACCGAGUAUAUACUGAUGGUGGAAUAAAAUAAAACAUAUCAUUCGUAGAAGAAUAUUCUAAAAUUACAGACCAAUUUGUCAGUGGUGUUGAAUGAGCAGUUAAUCGAUAUGAAGAGUUUCAUCGCAAAACAUGAUAAACGCCAUAUUAAAAACCAUUGUGCGAACACCACUCAGACAAAUGCAAGUUCAAAUUCAGUUUUCAGCAAAGUGCGAUAUGAUUGUCUGAGGAUAUAUUGCAGAUUGCAGAGAAACUGGCGUAGUGUUUAUGGUGGUUUGGAAUAAAAUGUUUUUAGGAUCGGGUGUGUAUAGUGGCGUUUAUCACGUUAUGCGAUGAAACUCUUCAUAUGAUCCUGGAAUAUAGAAAGUAGCUUCAGGUUUCAAAACAUUUCAUUAAAAUUUUCUUACCAGAAAAAUAUGGUGGAUCAUCAGAAUAAUAAGGAAAGCAUGAUGGUCCAUGAGUUGUAACAAAAACAAUGAUCUGUGUCUCAAAGAAACUAGUGACAAUAUGGAUGAAAAUUAUAGGAUUGGUUAUCUAGCAUUUUACAAAAACAGUUUUGUGUAGAAUCAUGUUUCCAUUUAUAAAUUAAACAAGAACCAGUUGGUGCCUUCCUUAUUUUGCAAAGCUUCCAGCAGAAAUUGUUUGCUAGGCUCUUCUGCUUUUGUAUCAGUUUUUAGAAUUCAGUUUCAGUUUCAAAAGUAACUUUUCAACACAGGAAACAUGGGACUCGAAACAGUUACUGGACUUGUUUUAUAUUUGCAUAAGGUUGGCACUGCUGGUGGAGCCAAAACCAACGUGUGGAGUGUGAAACCCAUCUGUGCCAGUGAAGUAACAAUAUUGGUCACAGACUAGGCUGUUAUAAAUGGUAGAAUUUAAUCAUGUAGGCAAAGCAAAAAGAUUUCUUAACAUUUUAUAUUAAAUAGUAUUUUUACGGGAUCCUUCCCCACAAAAACCCCUCAAAACAUUUUAUAUUAAACAAACAUUUUUCACAAGACCUUACCCCAAACUCUCCAAAAAACCCAAUCCAUUGCUGGCACAGUGGUUUCACAAUUCAAAAUAUUAUUUGCAAUUUUGUUUAAAAACUGUAUUAUUAUUACAGGUUAUCUGCUUUAAAUUAAUUAACAAGCUUUAAUUAAAAUAAUACAUUAAUUUAAUGUAUUGUUUUAAUAAAAGUAUUUAUUGUAAUGGGAUGGUGGUAAAGUAUAUAUAAUAUGACGUUUCAAUCUGCAUCAGUGGAUCUCAACUGGUAAAUUUUCUAACAAACUGAACAGCACACACCACAACCUUUGAUAUACAGUACUAGUUAUGGGCAUUAGGACAUCAGGACCCAUAUUCACAAAAAAGUGUAAAUUUACGUCUACGACUAGCACUUACGUGUGCCGUAGAUUUACGUUUACGUGCAAGAAGCACCUUAUUCUCAAAGAUGGUCGUAAAU